UUCUAAUUAUGGCUGCCACAUAAUCGCGCAAAUCGUCAUCGAGCUGUCGACACACCUUUUUGGCAUUGUGAUCACUCGAAUAAAUUAUGUAGCUAGAAAGCAAAAUUCCAAAUUAAUGAAGCGUUAUAUACCUAAGAAAUUCUAAUGGGAAAUUUCUCAAUGUCAAAGAUUUCUGUAAGUCAUUAAUUAACCUCUAAUUUUUUAAAGUGACUAUUUCAACUUUUUAAUGUAUUUUGCAUCAACAAGGUUAAAAAAACAGAAAGUGAACAAUAGACGCAGACCGAUCGUGAUGACAUGUCGUGCUUCGGUGGCAGAGACGAACAGAUCUACCUGGUCGAGCUAACCGUGGAGCGCCUGAGGCUCACGGCGAACAAGUACCGCGAGGACUUUGCCGAUUGUCCGCCGGUGGUCAAGCUCAAGUUCAUCGACUUUCCGGUCUUCGUGAUAUCCCGUCGCGACCAAGAUUCCAGCUCCUCCUCGACGGAGCCGCCAGCGUCUGUGCCACCGUACGACGAGGCCGAGGGUCUGCUCUACGCCUGCGGAAAAUCCUGUCUGUUCGUAAGGAAACCGAGGGAUCUCGUGGUAGCGAUGCAGUCACAGCCACUAAGGAUUGGCAUUUUUCGGGCUGAUGAGACUUACCCGAUCGCGGAAGCAUCAGUGCCACUCUCAGGAUGUCUCUGUGAUCAGAUGGCGAUGGCCGGCAAUGAUUCAGAUCAUAGGCCUAAACCUUACGAGCUUGCCGGGAAUUACAACGUUGCUGAUCCUGGAAAAAAUCAUGCAGGAUCUAUCAAAAUCUGUUUUCGUUUAACAUUUUUCGGCACCUAUAUUAUAUCUCAUUAUCAACUGUAUGAGGACAGUUUUAUUUUUAAUAAUGAUUACGAUGGCGAAUUACGAGUAACAAAAGUCAAUACUCAAGAAAAUACGGAAGAAAAUAGAGACACGUUAAAAAUCGACGAAGGUACAGUGUUAGCAGCAAUACGAAGUGAAAGAACCAUCAGCAAUAAAGAUGAAAAUACAAAUUAACAAAUAAUCUCUGAGGAUAAUGAAUAAUAUAAAAAUAAAAUUACCUUUAUUCUACUUUUGUAUUUGUUUACUAUUGUAUUUGCAUUAAAAAUUUGAGAACCUA